UUAAAAAUGAAUAUGAGUUACUCCAAUGUUUAGAAGUAAUAUUGUUUAUAGAAUUUUAAGAAGAUGUUAGAUGGAAGUAUCCAAUAUUUCUUGGACAGAUGAAGUAAUACGUAGCAAUUCUUUAUAAAUAUGGUGGGGAAUACUUAUGAGGUUCUUCCGUCAUAUCAUUCCAAUGGAAAGGAGAUGUGCCAAUGGCUGGCACAUAUCAGAUUGUCACGGAUAAUAAUAUUAACAUCUAUAGUCUUAUUUAUUGUGCCAUUAUUUACACAUUAUUAUUUAUCUAAGGUAGAAUCUGGUGCUCCGGAUAGAGAUAUGUAUAGGACAUUUUCAACUCUGGAGGCUUUCGAAGAUUACACAUCUAUGAAAGCAUCACAGCUGAAGAUGAGAAUAGAGGAAAUGUUCCGUAUAAAAAUAUCAGUGAGCAACGAAUUGAGAGAUCUGAGUGCUAAAAGGCAAAGACUUCAAGGUGAAGUCAAUAGUUUAACACAAAAGAUAGAUGAACUAAAGCAGGAAUUAUUGCAUCAACAAACAGAUCUUGAUAGAUUAAAGAUAAGCGUGGAACAAGCACAAGUAGCACAAAAAGAAGCUGUGGAGAGAAAUACACCUGAAUUGGCACCACCUAAGAGAAUAUUGAUUAACACUUUGCCAGUUGUAUUACCUAGUACAGAUCCACGAUCAUGCAGAAUGUAUAAUUGUUUUGAUCACAGUCGAUGUGCAUUGACAAGUGGUUUUCCUGUAUACUUGUAUGAUCCAGAUCAAUUCUCAGUAGUUAAUCCAGGAUGGGAUGUAGAUGGUUUCUUAAAAACAACUAUCAAACAGACGUUAGGAUAUAAUCCACAUCUUACGAGAAACCCAGCAGAGGCUUGCGUUUACAUAAUCUUAAUUGGUGAAGCAUUAAGUCAUCCACAAAAAAACGAUCAACAUUAUAAUAAACCUUUAGAUAUUAAGAAGUUACAUGCACUUCCCUAUUGGGGUGGAGAUGGUAGAAAUCAUAUAUUGUUAAAUCUCGCACGUAGAGAUUUAUCUGCAGAUUCUGGGAAUAUUUUCAAUAAUCUGGAUAUUAGCAGAGCAAUAAUAGUACAAUCUAUGUUUUAUAGAAAUCAAUUCCGUGAUGGUUUUGAUUUGAUUGUUCCACCAAUUCUGGGACCACCUGGUGGAGAUGUUUGGCAAGAAUGUGCACAAAUGUUACCUGCAAGAAGAAAAUAUUUGCUAUCGUUUCAAGGAGAAAUGAAAACAUCUAUAGGCACACCAAUGACAUACCAAAUUGAUGACGCAGAUAUAGAUUUGGAAAAAUUAAUAAUUGAUGAUAACAAUAUUGAUGCGUUUAUUAUUCAACACUUAAAAGACAUGAGCAGUGGAAUAACUCUAGACAAAUUCUUUAUUCAGUUUGAAUGUAUACCAGCUUCUGUGGAAAGCAAGCCUGUGGAAACUCUCGAUUGGUCUCUUUGUGGAACUGACUCGUCUAGAAGAGCUAUAUUAAAGGAAUCAACCUUUGCAUUGAUCUUAGCUCCUAGUAAUGCUACAUUACUAACUACUUCAUUCAUGCAGGCAAGAUUAUACGAAGCAUUACGAGCUGGAUCAAUACCAGUUAUUCUGGGUGGUGAUCAGAUUUUGCUUAGUUAUAAUGAAGUUAUCGGUUGGAGAAGAGCAGUUAUUUUUUUACCCAAGGCUAGAGUGACCGAAAUGCACUUUUUAUUGCGUGCUGUUCCUGAUAAUGACCUUUUAACUAUGCGGAGGCAAGGUAGAUUAAUAUGGGAGCGUUACAUGAGUACUGCUCAAGGCGUAGUGGAUACGACCAUAGCAGUAAUAAGAGACAGACUUGGUAUACCGCCAUUGCCAGCGCCUCAAACAUCUAGUCCUAGUGUUUUUAAUGAAAGCUUUGUGGUAUGUACUUUAAUGUAUUACAUUUUUUAUGAACCUGAAGCUGAAGAAAGUUUGGGUCCUUUAGAACCACCAUACCCAUCUCCUGCUUUCAAGAGAAAUUAUACAACAUUUUUAGUUCAAGGUCAUGAAAUUUGGAAUGACUGGAUGGAUCCAUUCAAUUUAUAUCCACAGUUACCUUUUGAUACCGCUCUUCCCAGCGAUGCUAAAUUUCUUGGUUCAGAAGUUGGUUUCCGACCUAUCGGCAAAGGUGCUGGAGGUGCUGGAAAAGAAUUUAGCGAGUCAUUAGGAGGAAACUAUCCAAGAGAACAAUUUACAAUUGUUAUGUUAACAUAUGAAAGAGAACAGGUUCUUAUAAAUUCACUGGCACGUCUUUAUGGCUUACCUUACUUGAAUAAGGUACUUGUGGUGUGGAAUAGUCCGAAACCACCUGUAGAAGAUCUCAAAUGGCCUGAUAUCGGCGUUCCUAUACAUGUUAUAAAAGCUCCAAGAAAUAGUUUGAAUAAUAGAUUUCUUCCAUUUGAUGCAAUUGAGACAGAAGCCAUCCUUUCCAUUGACGAUGAUGCUCAUUUGAGACAUGAUGAAAUUAUGUUUGGUUUCAGAGUAUGGAGGGAACAUCGAGAUCGUGUAGUUGGAUUCCCUGGACGUUUUCAUGCGUGGGAUCAGAAUUAUCAUAAUGCUUGGAAUUAUAAUUCGAACUAUUCUUGCGAGUUAUCCAUGGUUUUAACUGGAGCUGCUUUCAUUCACAAACAUUAUACAUAUUUAUAUACGCAUUGGUUACCACAGGCAAUAAGGGAUAAAGUUGACGAAUAUAUGAAUUGUGAAGAUAUUGCAAUGAAUUUUCUAAUAUCCCAUCUUACAAGGAAACCACCAGUUAAGGUAACAUCGCGAUGGACAUUUAGAUGUCCGGGUUGCCCAGUUUCACUUUCAGAGGAUGAUACUCAUUUUCAAGAGAGACAUAAAUGUAUUAAUUUUUUUUCACAGGUUUUUGGUUAUAUGCCUUUAUUAAAUACACAAUAUCGAGCUGAUUCGAUAUUAUUUAAGACACGAAUACCACACGACAAGCAAAAAUGUUUCAAAUUUAUAUGAAAAGAAAAUUUGAAGUUUUUCAUGUAAAUAUUGUAGAAUUUAUAUGACUUUGGUACAGUUUUAUUCACAUUUCAUAAAAUAUUUUGCAGCAUAUAUAUAAGAAAUAUAAGGAAUA